UAAACUGUAUAUUUAUGGGUUUUCGCGAACACAAACUUGGAUCGCAUUCACGUCAAAGGACACACGCACGCGCAGAGGUGCAACAGCUCGCGCGCCAUCGCAGCGUUUCUAUGCACGUGCCGUCAGUGCAGACACAGAGGUUGUAAACAUGGCGGCGGACGGGAUGGUGCUCACUAACCACGACCAUCAGACCCGAGUGGGCAUUCUGACGGUCAGUGACAGUUGUUUUAAGAACUUGGCGGAGGACAGGAGUGGAGUCAACCUGAAAGAUCUGGUCCAUGAUCCUUCGCUGUUGGGAGGAGUUAUAGCAGCCUACAAGAUCGUUCCAGAUGAGAUUGAUGAAAUCAAGGAAACUCUUUUGGAGUGGUGUGACGAUCAGGAACUGAAUCUUAUUCUUACAACUGGAGGAACUGGCUUUGCCCCACGAGAUGUUACGCCUGAGGCUACCAGAGAGGUGAUAGAGAGAGAAGCUCCAGGUAUGGCUCUGGCCAUGCUGAUGGGAUCACUCAACGUUACACCUCUAGGGAUGCUUUCCAGGCCAGUGUGUGGUAUUCGUGGUAAAACUCUGAUCAUCAACCUGCCAGGGAGCAAGAAGGGCUCUCAGGAGUGUUUUCAGUUCAUCCUGCCUGCUCUGCCCCAUGCCAUUGAUCUGUUGCGCGAGGCAUCGGUAAGGAUUAAAUCCACACACGCUGCUCUGGAACAGCUGCCGUCCCCUUCCUCUCUGCUGGUCAACACGCAUGCCAACAUGCAUACCAUGGAGCGUGGCACCCAGUGUGAGGAAGAGGAGGAUGAGGAGGAGGACAGGAGGAGAGGACGUCAUGCACACAACCAUCAUCAUCACCAGCAUGGCUCCACCCAUAUCACUGCAGCCGCUAUUGCCGCCAAGACAAGCCAUGCUGUGGUCAUGGCUAAGGGGAGUCCAUACCUGCCUGGCACCACACCCGCCCCACCUCCUCAUUUCACCUGCUCCUUUACCCAUGGUGAGCAGAUCCCGGACUCAAUCAUUUCUCGAGGCGUUCAGGUGCUUCCUCGAGAUUCUGCCUCUUUAAGCUCCACCCCUUCUGAGUCACCACGGGCAACACAGGCAACCUCCCGUCUUUCUACCGCCUCAUGCCCGACACCCAAGGUUCAGUCACGAUGUGGCAGUAACGAGAACAUUCUGAGAGCCAGCCACAGUGCAGUGGACAUCAGUAAAGUGGCACGGCGUCAUCGUAUGUCUCCUUUCCCUUUGACAUCAAUGGACAAGGCCUUCAUCACUGUUCUAGAGAUGACUCCUAUUCUGGGAAUUGAAGUUAUUAAUUACAGAGGGUUGGGUCGAGUGCUUGCUCAGGACAUCUAUGCCAAAGACAACCUUCCUCCUUUCCCUGCCUCUGUUAAAGAUGGCUACGCUGUACGAGCUGCUGAUGGCCCUGGAGAUCGUUUCAUCAUGGGCGAAUCACAGGCUGGACAACAGCCCACUCACACAGUGAUGCCAGGUCAGGUGAUGAGGGUGACCACCGGGGCACCAAUUCCUUGUGGCGCUGAUGCUGUUGUCCAAGUAGAAGAUACUGAACUGCUGAGGGAGUCUGAGGAUGGUACAGAAGAGCUGGAGGUGAGGAUUAUGGUCCAGGCCCGGCCUGGACAGGACAUCAGACCUAUAGGUCAUGACAUUCGGCGAGGGGAGUGUGUGUUGGCCAAGGGAACACACAUGGGCCCAUCAGAGAUCGGGCUGCUGGCUACAGUCGGCGUAACUGAGGUCCACGUGCACAAGUUCCCUGUGGUGGCCGUUAUGUCCACUGGCAACGAGCUCCUGAAUCCAGAGGAUGAUCUCCACCCAGGGAAAAUCAGAGACUCCAACCGUUCCACUCUUCUGGCCACAAUACAGGAACACGGAUACCCCACCAUCAACCUCGGCAUCGUUGGAGACAAUCCUGAUGACCUGCUGUCAGCUCUCCAUGAGGGAAUCAGUCGUGCCGACGUCAUCAUCACCUCAGGGGGUGUGUCCAUGGGAGAAAAGGACUAUCUAAAGCAGGUGCUGGAUAUUGACCUUCAUGCUCAAAUUCACUUUGGACGAGUCUUUAUGAAGCCAGGUCUUCCAACUACCUUUGCCACAGUUGAUAUUGACGGAACACGGAAACUCAUCUUUGCUCUUCCAGGUAACCCAGUUUCUGCCGUGGUGACAUGUAACUUGUUUGUGAUUCCUGCUUUGAGGAAGAUGCAAGGAAUUCUGGACCCGAGACCGACCAUUAUUAAAGCUAGGCUUUCCUGUGACGUAAAGCUGGAUCCUAGGCCAGAGUACCACCGCUGUAUUCUCACCUGGCAUCAUCAGGAACCACUGCCCUGGGCACAAAGCACAGGUAACCAGGUAUCCAGCAGGCUAAUGUCUAUGCGUAGUGCCAAUGGGUUGCUGAUGUUGCCUCCCAAAACAGAGCAGUAUGUAGAGCUGCAUAAGGGAGAGGUGGUGGACGUCAUGGUCAUCGGACGGCUAUGAUGCAGAUUUCAAUGUCACUUGCUACCGAUUACCAUGGCGGUGCCAGGACUUCCUGUCUGGACAGGAAAUGGGUGGGGGCAGGAAGUGAUGCAUGUCUACAUGGUCGCCAUUAGCUGUGAUGUCAUAUGCAACAGCCGAUCGGAGCCGGCAGAGGCUGAAUCCUCAUUGGUCUGCUCUGAGGAGAUCACUGUAUUUCAAUGGAGAAAAAUGUGGAGAAGAAAAAAAAAAUAUUCUGUAAUAUUAUCCUGAUGAUAAUGUUUCUGAUUAUUAAUAUCGUUAAUUAAUAUUCUAUUUAUUAAUAUUAUUACCAUGGUUCUGAUUGAAUAUUAUCAUCUUCGUAGUAAUCAUGCCCUCUUCUCCUCUGUUCAUUUGCUUGGUGCGUUUUAACAUUUUCCUGAUAGAUAUGAAGACAUAGAAACUCUCUCUCUCUCUCUCUCUCUCUCUCUCUCUCUCUCUCUCUCUCUCCCCCUUACCCAUGUUCUUCCACUCGUCUUCUUUGACUAUUCUUGUCCUCUAGAAUCAUACAGAGACUCGACUCUACAGUCCUUAAUUCUUGGCACUGAUACUGAUCCCAGCGAUGAGUUUGACGCUGAAAUGAACUGAAGGCUGAUACAGGAGGCCUUUUUGGGCAAAUCUGCUGAUGGGUUGUGCUAAUACAGAAAAAUUGACUAUUUUAAUGUUUAAAAAAAAAAAAAAGGAAAUUCUAUCAGGCUGUCACAGCCUCUGUAACAGUAUUUAUUGAGGCCACGAUGAAACAGUGAAACUCUCCACGACACUCAGUGAAAGCCAUGAAAUGAUUUCAGGUGGGUACGUGGCUCAGCUUUAAGUCGGGCUGUGGCAGGAUUCAGUGCAGGUACAGACGCCUGAUGUCUGUCCUCAGCACCACACCGGGAGGAUUCCUCUGGUCUGACAUCAGAUAUAAACACGUCAUAAUUAUGUGGGGGUGGGGGGGGAACCCGCUGUGAUCCUCCUGAGAUGUGUAGUCAUGGAGGAGCCUCGGUCAGGUCAGAGGCAGACUACACUGACUGACUGACUGAUCCAGUAUCAGUCAGGAACACUGACCCUGCAUUCAAGUGUUGUUGGACUUAACGAGUUUACGUAAUGAAGGUAAUAAUUUAGAGUAUGUAGACAUUCUUCUAUAUGUAGCUUUGAAUUGCCUGCUAGUUAAAUUGUUUUAAAGAGUUCAUUUAUUAUUAUUCUUAUUAAGAAAAGUAAUAUCAGUCACCAGAUGUCUUACAGAUGUUAAGGUUUGAAGCCAAAAGAAACAAACGGUUUCUGCGGCACUGUUGCUUGCCGCAAGCGUGAACAGGAACAGUGCAAUGAUCCGUGGGUGUGUUUUGCAGACCAAGCAGGAACAAGGCAGUGAUCGGUGGGCGUGUCUUGCAGAGUGAAUAGGAACAAUGCAAUGAUGGGUGGGUGUGUUGCAGAGUCAACAGGAACAAGUGAUUGGUGGGCAUGGCUUGCAGCGUGAAAAGGAACAGGUGAUGAUUGGUGGGUGUGUCUUGUAGAGUGAACAUGAACAAUGCGCAAUGAUUGUGGGAGUGUCUUACAGACCAAAUGGAAAUAAUGCAAUGAUUGGUCGGCGGGUCUUGCAGAGUGAACAGGAACAAGUGGUGAUUGUGGGUGUGUCUUACAGGCCAGACGGGAACAAUGUGGUGAUUGGCGGGCGUGCCUUGCAGUGCAGAGUGAACAGGAACAAUGCAGUGAUUGGCGGGAGUGUAGAGCCUAGACUCUGAAGCCUAAAAGUCAUCCUAUGCUCAUUGCAUUAGAGCGUGUAGGUGCACAGGCACCACUGCUGAACUUUGAGGGUGUUUAAUGUGAAACGCCCACCAUAUUUAACUGUCGAAACAAGAUUUUGCACAAUCAGACCCCUUUAAGUAGCCAAAGAUAAUUUAUGGUCUAACUAAACCAUUAACUGCUUAUCUCAAUGGCAGGCUCACUAUUGGCUAACAACUCGCCUCUUUUAGUGUUUUAUUUUUUUCCUCCACAUAAACAGAGUAAUUCUGUCAUGUGACUCAUUUGCCACUCACAGGAAAAUAAACCGCGAUAUCACUUGAAAGCAGGGUGAGUUAUGUCGCAUUCUGGUGCUCGUAAACUACACAACUGGUGAAUUUAUAUCAUAACAGUUUUCAGGUGCUUGUAAAAAGACGUCCAGUUCAAAGCUGUAACUUAUUUUCUCUGUGUGCUGGAUUUAAUUUGACCAACACCUCCUUUAUCCGUUAUGUUUGUUUCACAUGAAAUCCUUUUUGAUAUUUAGGCCUCUUCUAAAGGUCAAAGGUCAGCUACACUCAGUGCAGGCAGGAAUAGCUUAGCUAAUAUGUAGUCUACACAUUCACACGAAUUGUGCCGAUUAAAACGUUGACCCCAAACUGUUUACCGAUUUUAUUAAUUUUUUUCUCCCCGAGAACCAUUCAAACGCGUGGCGGGCAGUCUGGCAGAUUCUUCACUCAUGCGGGUGACCUUAACCUCUUCUAGUCCCCAUUAUUAUUGCUAUUUAUGUGCGUGUCAGUUUGUUGUGUGCCAAAACAAAUCCACAAGGUCAAAGUUCAAGUCCUACAUUCAGGAUCUUUUGGAAUAAUUGCUUCAAAGUAACGGCAUCAACUGCUGUUUUGUGUGUUGAAGUGUUCUGUUUGACACCAUGGAUGCGCUUCAUAAACGGUGAAUAGUGACAGGUUUCAGUUCCUGUUUACAACAUGACCAGACUUCAGUGUUAAUUAACCACGAAAGGCUGCUCUGCUCUGGUUCUUCAUUUUGAAAUAUUUCAAAUGAAUGUCUAAUGGCCAAUGCUUCUCCUGUAUAGGCUUUCCUUUCCGUUUAUCUCGCUCAAGUCUGAAGUGAAUUUCUUGUUCGAGUCAGAAGCUGGGUUUGUUUUUUUUUGUUUGUUUGUUUUUGUAUGACAUAUAUGCAGCACAAGUCAGUGUUUGUGAACUUUGACCUUUCUCCUGAUGGGACAAUGCUGUCUUCCUUCAUCCCUCUUUUCUUUUCCCGUCUUCUCAUCUUGCCCCUUUUUCCGCCUCAGCUUUGCAUGCCCAUUGGGGGAGGGGGGCAUUUUCUGUUUGGGCAGGUUUGAUUCCAGGCUAAAGUUGAGGUGCAGCAUCUGGGCGCGUCUUCUGAUCGAGCUGAAAAUUUAAUUUCUUGCCGUUUGGAUACUUAUUUCUCACAACACGAGUUUUUGAAGUUAUGUUCUUGGCUCUGGUGUUAAUGCAGUCUGCCAUUUUUCGCUCGGGUGUCAGAAACUUCUCGGUUACCUCAAAUGCACCGUACACCUAUCUGCAACUCGUGCUGUGUUCAUGUCAGAUAGCAUAAAUUAGACAUCUCAUUGAAGCACUUUAGAAGUGAUUGUUUAACUUCAUUAGAAUAAAAAAAAAUAAACACUACUUUUUGCACAUUCACAUCAAAUGGAUUCUGACAUGAACACAGCCUGGGAGGCGUCCUGGCACCUGCCCAAAGAGAAACGGGGAUAGAUUCAUUUUGAGUAAGAAGACGCAGGUUAUUGAAAAACUGCCUUUGUAAUGAGUGAUUUGUAACACUGGACUGAACUCAGUGUCACACUGCACACACUAUAAACUAUGACCAGCACUUGUAAUGAAGCAAUGACACAGCAUUCUACUACUGUAUAAAUAUAAUGAAGAGGAUGUUUUUUUCUGUAAUGAUAUUAUUGAAACUGAAGAUAAAUUAAUAAAAAUACUCCUGAUUAUUCUGUA